UAUAGAAAACAGGGCGAUUACUCCUAUUCCUCUGAAGAGGAGACCGUCUUCUACAGUGACCUCCCUCCCGAGGAGCAGAAGAAAUGGAUCGCCAAGCUCAAGCACAUCUCUGCCGCCGCGUUCCUGGAGCCCGCCACGCACGAACCCUGGCACGACCUGCCCUGCAUGUAUCUCUUCUGCGAGAAGGAUCAGGGCCUGCCGAUUGCGGUGCAGGAGCAGUUCGCGAGCAGGCUGGGCAGCAACUGCACCACGUUCCGGUGCCAGGGAUCCCACUCGCCGUUCCUGAGCAUGCCCGAGAAGGUCAUUGAGGGAUUGGAAUUGGCCGCCAAAGUGGGUGCGGAAAAGAGUGGUGUGUCGGUUUGA